AUGUGACUCACUUCUGCACAAAGAGCUCAAGUCUGUCUCUCGGAGGAAGCUGGUGACCGGCUAACUAAACUUGUCCACCUUCUUGAAGGAUCCCACCGAAGCAUUCGUCCCAGAUGUCACUGCCUGCACCAUCUGCUUCCUCUGGAGCCAUUAAAUACAUGUCUUUAGAUAAAGCUGCAGGUUCCACAAUGGGCCGACUCGAAGGGAAAGUCAUUGUCCUGACGGCUGCUGCUCAAGGGAUUGGCCGGGCUUCUGCCCUAGCUUUUGCAAAAGAAGGUGCCAGAGUCAUAGCCACAGAUAUCAAUGAGUCCAAACUUCAGGAACUGGAAAAGUACCCAGGUAUCCAGACUCGUGUCCUUGAUGUCACAAAGAAAAAGCAAAUUGAUCAGUUUGCCUCAGAAGUUGAGAGAAUUGAUGUUCUCUUUAACGUUGCUGGGUUUGUCCACCAUGGAACCAUCCUGGAUUGUGAGGAAAAGGACUGGGACUUCUCGAUGAAUCUCAACGUCCGCAGCAUGUACCUGAUGAUCAAGGCAUUCCUUCCCAAAAUGCUUGCUCAGAAAUCUGGUAACAUUAUCAAUAUGUCCUCUGUGGCCUCCAGCAUCAAAGGAGUGGAAAACAGAUGCGUGUACAGUGCAACCAAGGCAGCCGUGAUCGGCCUCACAAAGUCUGUGGCUGCAGACUUCAUCCAGCAGGGCAUCAGGUGCAACUGUGUGUGCCCAGGAACAGUUGACACUCCAUCUCUGCAGGAAAGAAUACAAGCCAGAGGCGAUCUCGAAGAGGCACUGAAUUAUUUCCUAAGGAGACAGAAGACGGGAAGAUUUGCAACUGCAGAAGAAGUAGCUCUGCUCUGCGUGUACUUGGCCUCUGACGAAUCAGCCUAUGUAACAGGCAACCCUGUCAUCAUCGAUGGAGGCUGGAGCCUGUGACCCCGAGAUCUCAGGCCCUUCUCAUCCACCAUGAAACUGGGUCUCAAGAAAACCCAGUGAUCAUCGCUCCUAUGACUGACAUUAAUGAAAACAAGCCCUUUAGAGACCAUUCUCAAGAGUGUAAUUCUUUAAAUAUCCUGUAGUCUCUCUUCUCUCUUCUGAAAUGAUAGUAAAGAAAUCAAAUAAAAAAUAUUGAGCUUGUUGCAAAAGAA